UCCUUACAGGCAUUAAUGAAUGAAUCAGGGCUUCUCACAAUAAAGAAAAACUGAAAGGAUUGUCACAAGAGAGCAUCUUAAUCUUGAAAACCAGCUAGCAUGAGGCAAGGCUUACUUUGCCACGUACUUUCUAGGAACUAACACCAUUGCCACUUUAAAAGGAAAUGAAAAGAAACAUGGGCAGCGUGUGUAUUGAAGAACAGCAUGACCUGGACCACUAUCUGUUUCCAAUUAUUUACAUCGUUGUGAUUAUCAUCAGUAUCCCAGCCAAUAUCGGCUCUCUCUGUGUGUCUUUGCUGCAAGUCAAGAAGAACAACGAGCUAGGAAUUUACCUGUUCAGCCUCUCACUCUCAGAUCUGCUGUACACGUCUACUCUCCCGCUGUGGAUUAAUUAUACUUGGAACAAAGAUAACUGGACCUUCUCCACCAAUCUGUGCAAAGGGAGCGCUUUCCUGAUGUACUUGAACUUUUACAGCAGCACGGCCUUUCUCACCUGCAUAGCUCUGGAUCGAUACUUAGCGGUGGUCUACCCCCUGAAGUUUCCUUAUCUCAGGACAAGAAGGUUUGCCUUUGUGGUCAGCCUCUCCAUUUGGGGAUUGGAAACAGUCUUCAACGCCGCCAUGUUGUGGGAAGAGGAAAUCACCAUUGAGUAUUGCGAUGCCGAAAAUUCCAGUUUCACUUUAUGCUAUGACAAAUACCCUUUGGAGGAAUGGCAAAUCAACCUGAACUUGUUCAGGACGUGUGCGGGCUAUGCCCUCCCUUUGGUCAUCAUCCUGUUUUGCAACCAGAAAGUCUACAAGGCUGUGCGGCACAAUCAAGCCACAGAAGAUGGCGAAAAGGAGAGAAUUAUUAAGCUCCUAGUGAGCAUCACACUGACGUUCAUCCUGUGCUUUACUCCUUUCCAUGUGACGGUGCUGGUCCGAAGUAUUUUAGAGCGUGAUGUAAAUUUUCGUGGCCACCAGACUGGGAAGCAGACUUACAAAAUAUAUAGAAUCACGGUCGCGUUAACAAGCUUAAACUGUAUUGCUGACCCAAUUCUGUACUGUUUUGUGACUGAAACUGGGAGGUCUGAUCUGUGGAAUAUAUUAAAAUUCUGUACAAGGAAGCUUAGUAAAUCACGAAGACAAAGAAAAGGUAUACUUUUCGUGUCUACAAAAGAGUCUGUGGAAUUAGAGGUCCUAGAAUAG